GAAGUACGACCAAUAAGCGAGAGAUGAACGUUCUUUGUUUAAAUAGGGUUGAGCGCCCACUUCCCGUCGACGAUGAUCUCGAAACCGUUCAGGAGCGGAAGGAGCGCUUUAGAAGUAUUUACAUCAUUUACUUCACCAUGUUUCUUAUGUCCCUGGGAUUCAGCAUUAUCUUGACCGGGGUCUGGCCAUAUUUGGAAAAGCUGGACAACUCGGCGAGCAAGGAAUUUAUGGGCUACGUCGUGGCGGCCAAUCCUUUGGGCCAGAUGCUCUUCUCGCCGCUGGUCGGCUGGUGGGGCAAUCGCAGCGGCUCCGUCAGGCUGCCCAUCCUCAUAACACUCGCCCUCUUCACCCUCACCUCGGCCGUCUACAGUGCCAUCGAGGUAUUACCGGGCGACCACAAGACCGUCAUGAUCGUCUCGCGCUUCUUCGUCGGAGUCAGCUCAGCGAACAUCGCGGUGGCGCGCUCUUAUCUGUCCGCCGCUACCAAACUGUCGGAGAGGACGCAUGCUGUAUCCAUGGUUUCCCUUGCCCAGGUUCUCGGUUUCAUAGUUGGGCCUGCGCUGCAAAUGUCCGUAACUCCUUUAGGAGACAAGGGCUUAACAGUAAUAGGACUGCCUAUGAAUAUGUACACAGCGACUGGAUGGAUCAACGUUCUUAUGGGUAUAUUCAACUUUAUUCUUUUUUUCCCUUGGAGCUUUAAAGAACACAAAAUCGCCGCAAGAGAAGCUAUGCGAGAUCAAGGAAAGGCAACCGAGAAGGAAACGUGGAAAGCCAUGAAACCGGAUUACUUGGCUGCUUGGAGCUUAAUAUGCGCCUUCUUUGUCUUAGUUUUCAACUUCGUACUUCUAGAAACGCUGGGGACCUCCUUGACGAUGGAUCAAUUCGCUUGGGAUCGCGAGCAAUCGGUCUUUUACAUGGGCCUCCUAAUGAGCGUCGGGGCCGUCGUCGCCUGCAUUACUUUCGUCCUCAUAGGGCCGCUCUGCAAGAGGUUCGACGAGAGACGAGUCGCGAUCUGGGGUGGCUUCUUCUUCAUGGUAAUCGGACGAGUGAUUUGCAUUCCUUGGGGAUCCGAUCUGCCGCUCAUCGCCGAACUUGGACCUUACACGAACGAGACGAUGGACCCGCUGACGGGUAAGGAGAAGGUCGGGUGCCCGAGCAGCCAGGAAUGGUGCCGCUACACGCCCCGCAUGACGGUCCUGCAGUUCGUCAUCGGCUACAGUUUCACGACGAUCGGUUAUCCCCUCGGAGUCACCCUCAUUCAGACGAUUUUCAGCAAAGUACUGGGGCCCCGACCUCAGGGCGUCUGGAUGGGUCUGAUGACCGGGGCUGGCUGCGCCUCUCGGGUCCUCGGUCCCGUCUUCGUCGGGCUUAUCUACACGCGCUUCGGCAUCUACCAAACCUUCGGCAUCACCGGCCUCACUCUCCUCGUCUCGAUGCUCUGGCUCGGACUGAUGAGCGAGCGGCUCGUGCCCUACUCCACGAGCGCCGAGGACGAAAACAACAAGGGGCGGCCCUCGACCGCGGAGAUACCCCUCGUGCAAAUGCCAGCCAGGAAUGGGGAGCAGAAGAGGUGGCAACGACAGGAGUCGAAAGCGGCCGACGCUGACCGGACCCUCUCAUCGGUAUGGUAUUUGCACUUUCCAAAGGCUUUCCACUAG